AUGGUGAUGUGUUCUAGGGAGGUGCUGCAAUACCAUGAGUCUGGUGACCCAAAGGUCUCUCAGGUGGUGAUUGAGGUCAGGACAGGGUGGAAAUGGAAGGCAGCUGAGGUUGUGGAGGAUGCUAAGAAGCAAACGGUCUUGGUGGGUACAGUGGCUCAAGGAAGACCAGGCCUGGGUAGCAAUAUGUUAUCUCGAUAUGGCAAGGUAAGGAGGAAAGACAGGACAUCUCAGCUCCAGGAUGAGGUGUGGGCAACGCUUAAGGAAGUGCGAGCCAGCAGGAUGGUUGAGGUAAGUGAGCAGCUAAAAAAAGUACAUUUUGUCGACGCAUUUGGAGAGGUAGUGUUCUUUGACAAGAACGGAGAACCCCCUGCUUCAUACGAAGUCAUAAACUGGCAGCUGAGAGAAGGACAAGUGCAGCAUAUUUCAGUUGGCCAUUUCAGCACCUCUGCAAAUGGAAAAUAUGAACUUGUGAUUAAUGAAGACAAGAUUAUCUGGAGCACAGGAAAUUUGACUCCAAAAGCUGUUUGCUCUGAAAUCUGUCCACAAGGCACAAGGAAAGCACAAAUUAAAGGUCUACCUCUGUGCUGCUUUGACUGUAUCCCAUGUGCUGAUGGCUCUAUAUCAAAUACAACAGCAACAGACUGUAUCAACUGUCCUGAGGAGUACUGGUCUAAUGAACGAAAAGAUAACUGCAUCAUGAAAAUAACAGAGUUUCUAUCAUACACUGAAACAAUGGGGAUUAUUCUUAUGGCCCUCUCCCUACUGGGUACCUGUUUAACAUUUUCUAUUAUGGUGGUGUUCAUACACUUUAGAGACACACCAAUAGUGAAGGCAAAUAAUUCAGAGCUGAGCUUACUUUUACUUCUUUCUCUUAUAUUUUGCUUCCUCUGUCCUCUCACAUUCAUUGGUGAGCUAACAGUCUGGUCAUGCAUGUUGCGUCACACAGCAUUUGGCAUUGCCUUUGCCCUCUGCAUUUCCUGUAUGCUGGGGAAAACCAUAGUUGUGGUAACUGCCUUCAGAGCAACAUUACCAGGGAACAAUGUGGCAGAAAAGUUUGGACCACCUCAACAAAGGGCCAUUGUGUGUUCAUGCACUGCCGUUCAAAUAGUUAUUUGUAUUCUGUGGCUAAAUGUUGCUCCACCAUUCCCAGAUAAAGUCUUUGAGCAGCGCAGUAAAAAAAUUAUUUUAGAAUGUAACACAGGCUCAGAUGCUGCAUUUUAUGCCGUUCUAGGGUACAUUGGCCUUCUUGCCAUAGUUUGCUUGGUCCUGGCCUUUUUAGCCAGAAAGCUACCUGAUAAUUUUAAUGAAGCCAAAUUCAUCGCAUUUAGUUUGCUAAUAUUCUGUGCAGUUUGGAUCACCUUCAUUCCAGCUUAUGUCAGCUCUCCUGGAAAGUAUACAGUAGCAGUAGAAAUAUUUGCAAUUCUGUCUUCAGCUUUUGGCCUACUGUUAUGCAUCUUUGUACCUAAAUGUUAUGUCAUUUUAAUCAAACCAGAGAGAAAUACAAGAAAACAUGUAAUGGGAAAUACUACAAAGGUUAGGGUUGGUGGGCUGCUGUGCUCGCCUUCUGCGCCUCCUCGCACUAGCACUGGCCCGGGUUCCACUCGUGGAUGCCCGGGUGGACUCGACACAACCGGGAAGGAACUGACUGAACUGUCGUAUGUCGAGCUCUCUCAGCAGGUCUGCUUGCGGAACGAGGAGUCACAACACGAGCUCCAAAGUCCAGUGGAGAGCCAGACACGGAAGACAGAGCAAGAGAUUCCAGAUCUCUUCCAGAUCCAUAUGAGGUCACCCGGACUCGAGACGGCUAGCUGCCUCGGCAGCGGCUCUGAAACCUAA